AUGGCAGACGUACGCGAUCUACGCAUCGCCAUUAUCGGCGCGGGUAUGGGUGGGCUGGGGACCGCCCUCGCCUUUGCCAAGAAGGGGUUCAAGACGAUCGAUGUCUUUGAGACGGCGUCAAAUCUAGGCUUCGUCGGCGCCGGCAUCCAGAUGCCGCCCAACGUCGUCCGUGUACUUGACCGGUUAGGAUGCUGGAAGGAGAUCUACGCUGAGGCGACAAACGUCCAGGGGACCAGCAUCAGACAGGGAAGCACGGAUGUCGAGCUCUCACACGUGCUGAUGCCGGACAUCGAAGAGAAAUACGGGUACCCUCAUUGCACAGGGCACCGGUCAUCACUCGCCAACGGCCUGUUUGAGGGCUGCAAGAAGGAGAGCGCCAUCAAGUUCCACUUCUCGACAGCGCUAGCCCGGGUGAACUCGUUCGCCGGCAAGCCCACCAUCACACUCAAGCCGCGCAACGGCGACGAGUACACAAUGGAAGCCGACAUCGUGCUGGCGGCGGACGGGAUCAAGUCGGCGACGCGCACGCAGAUGCUGGCGGAGCUGGGCACGCAGUCGGAGGAGGAGGACACGGGCCAGGCGGCGUACCGCAUCAUGCUGGACCGGGCGCAGAUGGAGCACGACCCGGAGAUGCUGGCGCUGAUCGAGAGCGACACGGUGGUGCGGUGGGUCGGGGAGCGGCGGCACAUCAUCGCGUACCCGGUCAGCAACAAGCAGAUCUACAACCUGUCGUCGGCGCAGCCCGACACCAACUUCGCGGCGGCCACCAACGCCACCUACACGACCAAGGGCUCCAAGGCUGCCAUGCUCGACGUGUACGGCGACUUUUGCCCGCUGGUGCACCGCAUGCUCAACCUGGUGCCCGACGGCGAGGUGUGCGAAUGGAAGCUGCGCGUGCACAAGCCGCUGCCGACGUGGGUGCACGGGUCGGUGGCGCUGCUGGGCGACGCGUGCCACCCGACGCUACCGCACCUUAGCCAGGGCGCGGCCAUGGCGAUUGAGGACGGCGCCGUGCUGGCCGAGGUCGUCAGCAAGAUCCCCGCGGACAAGAUGCACGACCCGGAGACGGUGUCCAGGACGCUCAAGGUCUACGAGCUGCUGCGCAAGCCGCACUGCAGUGCGCUGGUCGACUUGGCCGCGCACUCGGGCCGCAUCCUGCACCUUGGGGAGGGCAAAGCCAAGGAGGAGCGGGAUCGCGAGUUCCGCCAGAACGGCAAGACCGGUUCUGUGCCCGACAAGUGGGCCAGUCCGGACGUCCAGAAGAUGAUCUACUCCAACGACUGCGUCCAGGAGGCCAUCGACAACUACGACCGGCUGUUUGCUAGUUUGUGA